AUGCUCCUGCUCCUCUUCUUGUUGGGUCUGGCUCUGGGUCCUGUGUCUCCCUCUGAUGACAAACAAGUGAUGCUACAGCGGGGCAGCUGUCCCAUGUUCUGGUACGGCUUCAACGGCCGCUGCUACAAGUACGUCGCCUCACCAAUGACCUGGGCUGAUGCAGAGCUCUACUGUGUGUCUCAGAAAGUCAACCUGGUGUCCAUCCACAGUCUGAAUGAAGAUAACUUCAUACAAGCCCUGAUCAAGAACUUCGACCACCUUGAGGGGCGCACCUGGAUCGGACUCAGUGACAUCCACAAAGAAGGCAGCUGGAUGUGGUCUGAUGGUUCCACAGUGGACUUUUCCUUCUGGAGUACAGGAGAACCAAACAACAGGGGAGGAAACGAACACUGUGUUCACGCCAACUAUGAUCAGUAUCGGAAAUGGAAUGACUACCAAUGUUUUGCUACUUACCCUUCUGUUUGUGCAUCUCGUGUCACCUGUCUUUAG